CUAUCUACAACAUACCUUUCUCCACCGAAAGGGACGAACCACCACACCUUCCAAAAGCGGUAACACACCAGUCUCGCGGUGCCCGGUCGUCCCGGCUUGAGACGUGCUCAGGUCCGCCACUACUUACGCCUCUGAGCCAGAGUCCCUCCAGCCCGCAGCGGCCACCACCAGCACGAUGGGCGCGAACCAGUCGACGCCCCAGACAGACGAGAAGGUCUUCUCCGCCGAAACACCCAUCCAGUUCUCGCAGGAUGUCGUGAACCAGCUCGCGGACCACAUGGCCGCGCCCGACCCGCCGCCCGAACGGCAGUCGAGCAUCGACGCGCAGAUCCGCGCGCGCAUCCAGUCCGAGCUCGCGCGCCUCCGCACGGAAGAGGCGGACGUCAAGGAGGAAAUCGAGCGUACGCUCGAGAAGGAAAACCUCGACCGCGAGCGCGCCAUGGCCGGUGAGCAGGAGGAGGGCGCGGGCGCAGUGAAGAGCAGCGCGGCGCUGAUGGGCGACCUGGAGGAGCUGCGGAGUAAAGUGGAUAGGUUUAAGGUGAGGAGAGAGCUUGAAGGGUAUGCAACGGUGGUGGAGAAGGGCAGGGCGGUCGUGUCAUGUUAUCAAAACAACCCAUCACGAGCGUUGGACUGCUCGCGACAGGUACACGAGUUCAAUGCUUCCGUUGCUCAGGUAGAAGAGCAAUAUGUGCAUUCGCUACACUAGCCCGCAGAUAUACGUUUCGUAGACUGCAUUUUCGCUACAUGACAUCGUCACAGCGUGAGCCCGAGAAGAUUACAGCAUCACAUACAUCAUCAGCAUCACUGUAAACCAAGAGAAAACGCAACAUUAGUACCGCUACACGUCCGCAAAGGGUUACGCUACAUCGUAUCGUCAGCUCGUGAAAGGUCCAAUGAACUCUACCUUAUAUCACCGUCAUCAUCCAAACGUCUAUGAUAGAUACCUAUUCUGUGGUCCGAGUCCGCUAACUCUCCGCACUCUCCUCGCCGCCAUACGCAUACCCGA